AUGUCAACCACUGUAACACUGGAAGAGACUUCCCUGUCCUCCUCGAAAGAGGCUCCUCCUCAAACUGUUGCGCUCAAGUCAUUGCCAGUAGACAAUACCUUGGGCAGUGAAGAACAGCUCUUCAGAGACGUUUCCGAGAAUCAACUAGCACAAUGGAAGAUUGCAGUUAUCCUUACGCUUGUCAGUCUCAUGUAUAUGAUCAGUACAGUCCUCAGCGGAAUACUGGCAGUUGGUCUCCCCAAAAUUGCCAAGUCAAUCGAUCUUGAUGAAGGCCUUCUACUUUGGCCAGCCUCGGUCUACUCUCUUUCCUGUGGCUGCACAUUGCUCCUUUCCGGGAGUCUGGCAGACGUGGUUGGCUGUCGCCGUAUCUAUCUUCUUGGGAGUUUUCUAUCGACGUGUCUGAUUCUGGCCUGUGGCCUUGCGCGCGAUGGGGUGGAACUGAUCAUCUUCCGCGCUCUGCAGGGCGUUGCGGUCUCGUUCUGCUUACCAGGUUCAGUCAGCAUCGUCACCAACACUUUUCCUCUGGGCCGUAUGCGCAACAUUGCUUUUGCCUGUCUAGGGGCCGCGCAGCCCACGGGGUUUCUGAUUGGGCUCAUCAUUGGAGGGAUUCUCAUCGACAGCGUCGGCUGGCGAACAGCAAUGUAUCUCAUCGCAGGCAUCAAUGCCGGGGUAUUCGUGGUCAGCUGUUUCUUUUUGCCUUCAACCGCAGACGAUCAGUUGCGCUACUCAAUUCUGCGCCGUUUUCGAGAGGACGUUGACUGGAUAGGGGUCUCCCUCAUCAGUGUUGCUUUUGGAUUGCUCUCUUAUGUUCUGUCUGCAAUUUGUGCUCGCCCAAGCUCGAUUUCCACUGCAGCAAACAUUGUAUUGCUUGUUGUUUCCUUGGUUCUAAUACCAGCUUUCUUAAUCUGGGAGCACUACCAAGAGAAGUUCAAUCGACCUGCUCUCAUCCCCAACUCCAUCUGGCGCAAUCCGAUAUUCACGUCCACGUGUAUCAUGGUGUUCUUCGCCUGGGCCACCGUCACCACAAACCAGUACUUCCUUGCACUCUUUUUCGAAGAGGUUCAAGGACUCUCUGCCUUUCAGACUAGCCUACGCUUUCUACCUCUUGUGGUCAGCGGAGUCUUGGCGAAUAUUGCUACUGGGGCGCUGGUACGCCAUGUGAGGGCCGAUAUUCUCAUCGGAGUGUCAGUGCUUCUCAGCGCAGCAACACCGUUGAUUAUGGCGUUAGUAGCUGUCAACCAUUCUCAACUGCCUUACUGGGCAGCGGCAUUCCCUGCGGCUAUCCUUUCUCCAAUCUGGGCUGAUGUGACACUCACUAUAGCUAAUUUAGUUAUCACGCAACUCUUCCCACGAUCGCUCCAUGGUCUUGCGGGAGGAGUUUCUAACACAUGCGCACAGUUGGGGACUAGUAUCGGCCUGAAUCUCACGGGUAUCCUUGCCAAUGCUGUUACUAUGAGCUCUACGGAGAACAAGUCAUCCCCUGUAGCCCUUGCAGAGGGUUACAGCGCCGCGUUUUGGGCCUCUUUCGGGGCAACGGUGGCUAUGAUUCUUGUAGCUGUGCUUGGAAUGAGGACGGCGGGUAAAGUCGGGCGGUCGAAGCAUGAUUGA